GCUUUACUCGACGCUCCUCGAUAUGAUCGCAGUCAUUUACUUCGAGUUGAAGAAGAAAGGUUGAGACAGCUAGAAGAAAUUGCUCGGCUGAAGCGAGAACAUGAGUUGACUUUACUGAGGUUUGUAUUGACGUGAAAACACCUUAUUAUUUUAGCUGGUAUGCUGCGUUGCUAUUUAUAUUCGAAGAUCUGUCAAUCUGGAGCGGAAAAUCGUCGGAAUGUGUUGGAGCAGCGAAACUGAUGCAGCUUAGCUGUACAUGAGGACUUUGGACAUGAACCGAAGAGAAGUGCAAGAGGCUCUCAAUAGUCGUGGCGAAGGAGGUAACAGAGGUUCAUACGGUCGAGACCGUCAUAUGGGCUAUGAUGGCGGCAGGCGAGGGUUAGAUGACAGAGGAAGAGGUGAUUCAAAUCAGAGAGAUCGAUAUCGGAGGGAUUCACCAGGAAGACCCAGAGUGAGGGAUCGGUCACCACCCAGACGUCGAUCUCGUUCUAAGGGUGAUCGAUUCGGACCUAAUCGACGAGAGUUCUCUCGAGGCAGAGACAGGUCCUCGUCUAACCGGAGCCGAUCUAGGGCCCGCAGUCAGCGAGAAAGAAGUCCAAGCAAGACAAAGCCGAAGUCUCCUGUCACAGAAGUGCAGCAGGAGUGGAAGUGUGAAUUAUGCAAUGUGAAGUUUAAAUCUGCAGUGGAGAAGAUUGAACACGAAGAGAAGAACGAGAAGCACAUCUACGUCAUGAAGAAAUUGCAGUCCUUCAGCGAGUCCAGCGGGACUACAAUGGAUGAACUAGUCGAGAAGUUCUUACGUUCACGAAGCAAUCCGCAGGCAAAAGAAGAGGUCGCCGGUUUAAUGGCAAAAGAGGAAUCUGGAAAUGAUGACGCAUCAAAGGACGCAACCGGAGUGCUAGUGGACGCCGUAAAAGACGUAAAGCCAGAGGACGACCCGGAGAGGUUUCCAGGACUCUACUACACGGGUGAGAGGUGGCGUGUACGAGUAUACAAUCCAGACCUUAUAAUGGGUCCGGAUUUCAUAGUACCAGUGACUGGAUGGUACUGUGUGUUGUGCGAGAAGUUCUACUACAACGAGAGUCCCGCCAAAACUAAUCACUGUCAGAACAAAGCUCACUGGGAAAAUCUAAGGGCGUGGCUGAAAGAGAACGGACACAAAUAUGAGCCACUGAAGUACGACGAGUUUGUUAAGGCAGCAGAAAUUGGCCAAGAGCUGAAAGGGAAGACAGAGGGUGAUAUGAAGGCGGCGGCUGAGUCUGGAGCUUCCACUCGCACAGAGGAAAUCAUAGAGGGUAUCGGCGACCUUGGCGAGAGCAACGGGAUCCCUGUCAACGAAGCAGAUGAAACUAAGCUUUUUUCCGUCACCGUCAAAGAUGAACCUAUUGAAGAUGUCACCAAAUCCAAUAAUGAGCAAUCAAGUGAGAUGUUCUUUGAGACUACUAUCGGAAAAUCUGCGGGCCACGAACGGAUCCCGAGUCACAACCUUAACGAAGACGCUCUCGAUAUGGACUACGAAGAGGAUGACUACACGAAUGAAGAUGAUCUUACGAAAGCAGCAAUGACGUCACGAAAUGGAAAUAAAACCCGAGGCGACCUUGCGACCUCGUCUGAAAAGGAGAAUAGCCGAAUCAGGUCGACCUUUGUAGAGUCCAAUAAACAAAUGAUUAAAGAUUCCAGGAUGCUCUCAAUGUUCGACAAUCUGGAAGCCAUUCUAAGUGGAACGGAAGAGCAGGAGAUCCCAGUGAGUGUAGUGGAGGAGGAAGAGGACCCAUUUCGGUCACCAAGGGGAUGUGAUCGACUGGGGGACGGGGGUGAUGAUGCGGACACUGAUUUCUUCCAGGAACCACCAAUUGAGGAGAUAAGAAUGGACAAUAGUGAAGACAGCGAAAUCAUGCCUCCCACUUCAGAAGUAGAGGAGGAAACUGAAGAAGAAGAGAAUGAUGAUGACAAUGGAUUUGUAGUGCGAGAGGAAAGUGUCGAUGAACCCCUUCUGCAUGUGGUGGUGAAGGAGGGAUCAAAUGAUCCGAUGGCAGAUGGACAUCUAGAGAAUAGAAAUGAAGAAAGAACAAGGUCAAGCUCCAAUGCUAGUGUAUUGUCUGGAAAUGCCGAUUGGCAGACGCCCCAGUUGUCUAUAAUUGAGGACAAUGUUGACCCGCUACCACCUAAAGCUUCACCGAAAAGUAAUGACUCAUCUCCUUCGACUAAACAGACUGCUAGACGUGGCGGCACAAGAGGAGGCCGCGGAGCUCGUAGAGUCAUCAGGCGAUAAAAGUCUCAUAAUGUUUUUCCUAGAAAUCGUUUGCAGUGCUGAUAUAUUGUCUUCAAACUGAAACGAAAUAAGUAUUGUCUUCAAUAAGUAAAGUAAACGAAGAAGUAAACUUACCCACUUUUUCAUAAAUAUGCAGUUUAAUGAUCACUUAAUCCUCGAAUCUUUUGUUUUAAUCUGAUAUUCUUAGGUUUCUUUCGGUGUAUUUGCUUGGUAA